AUGGAUAGGGAAGAGGAAAGUAUUUGCUGCCAUGAGAUCCCAGCUUGUGUUUCUAUAAACCAAGAAGCAGCACAAAUUGAGGAGAUACCCGUCCCAGAAUGUAUUACUGAUAACCCUGCAUUUCAGUAUUUAUGUCUGAAUUAUUGGGUCUUGCGAGUUGCUUGGAGCGAUUAUAGACGACAUUAUGGCAUAAAGGCACAUGAAGGACCUGAGCACAAAAAAACGAAGACAGUUGCUUACAGGCAGUUUGUUUGGUGGUGUUGGAAUAUUUUAGGCAAAGAGAUAAGGGUCCCCUUGCCAUCUUGUGCAGUUAGUUGUAUUCGAGCACACUUCCCACCACCAGGUUUAGAAGAGAACUUUGUUUUUGUUUUUGAGGGUUUUAAAUUUGCAGAUGAGUAA